AUGAAGUCCUCUAUUAUCUUCUCUGUUUUGGCUUCGGCCGCCGUUGGCAUGGUUACCGCCGAGGGUCUCGACGUCAAAGUUACUCAGGCUGUGGAGUGUGACCGCAAGACCCAAAAUGGCGAUAUGGUCUCGAUGCACUACCACGGCUCGCUGGCCGAGUCCGGCAAGAAAUUCGAUGCCAGUUACGAUCGCAACGCGCCGCUUACGUUCCCUUUGGGUGCCGGCCGUGUCAUUAAAGGAUGGGAUCAGGGUCUGCUAAACAUGUGUAUCGGAGAAAAGAGGACUCUCACUAUCCCUCCCGAGUUGGGUUAUGGAAGCCGCGCCAUGGGUCCCAUCCCUGCUGGAUCAACCCUUAUCUUCGAGACCGAGCUGGUUUCUAUUAAGGGCGUCCCGACCCCCGAGAAGAUUCAGUACAAGGAUGCUGAAGGAGAGGAUGCUAAGCCUGAGGCGGUGAAGACGGACAAGAUCGUCGACAAGAUUGUAGAGGCUGCCGCCGAAGCCGCCGACGCCGCCAAGACUCUCGUCGCCGACACCGAUAGCGACCAGCACGAGGAGCUGUAA